CGUGCAUAAUCGAUCUUAUCAAAUUCUGUAGCUCGUACUAAAAUCCAUAAAAGCCGGGGUUGGCGAUGAGUUUCAUCAAGAGACAGAGAUGCUCAGAUGGCGUUGAGCAAGGCCAAGCAGAUCGUGUCUUCCGCUCCGGUGGUCGUCUUUAGCAAAUCAUACUGCGGCUUCUGCAACAGGGUGAAGCAGCUGUUCACGCAGCUUGGUGCUGCGUACAAAGCCAUUGAACUCGAUGAGGAGAGAGAUGGGUACGAGAUUCAGUCAGCUCUAGCAGAGUGGACGGGGCGACGGACCGUCCCUAACGUUUUCAUCAGCAGCAAACACAUCGGCGGCUCCGACAAGGUUCUCAUGAUGUACCGGUCGGGAACGCUGACGCCCCUGCUAGUGGACUCAGCUCAGCUCACUAGCAUCUAACUCGAGAAGUCUCUCCUCUAUUGCCACUCCGUCCCCGGCUGUCACAGGAUACACAGAGACUCGACUAUUGGUUCUUGUUCUUGCUCUUGUUCUUGUUUCUGCAUAAUGUAAUAAUGCCUGAUG